CGGAACUUCCUCGUUUUCUAACCUAUAAGUUAACAUAAGCAUAUUGUGGAACACGUAAAUUUAUCUAAAGUUCUCAUCUUUAAAUGACUAUGACGGACGGAUCAACUGGGGAAGGUGUUCCCCAUUUUUCGGCGCCGGUUAUACAAGAUAACCCCGUGGGAUGGGGACCGUGUGAGAUGCCUGACCAGUUUCGCGACAUUCCCUACCAGCCCUUCAGCAAGGGCGAUCGUUUAGGGAAAAUAAGCGACUGGACCGGUGCCGCGUUUCAGGAUAAGAAAUACGCAAGCAAGUACGCGUCGCAGUUCGGCUCGGGCAGCCAGUAUGCUUACUACCACGACGAGGACGAGAGCACCUUCCAUUUGGUCGACACCACUCGUGUUCAAAAACCGCCGUAUCAGCGCGGACGGUUCAAGGGUAACCAAAGGAACAUGCGCGGGAGGGGAAUUCGCGGCGGCUUAUCCGGAGGAAUGCAGGCUUUGGGCAAGGGAGUUAAGGCGAGAGAUCGUGACCGUAAGAACCAAAUUAAGAAGUGGUCGCAAGGUCGCCCUCAAAUUAAGAUCAGAGACGCGUCCGUUACGGUUCGCCCCGACUGGGUUACGAUUGAAGAAAUGGAUUUCCCGCGUUUAGGGAAAUUGUCUUUGCCCAGUAUUAAAGACGGUGAGGACGUUUAUUGUUGUGGCGAAUUGGAAUAUUACGAUAAAACUUACGAUCGCGUGAACGUUAAGAGCGAGAAGCCUCUGCAGCGCAUUGAUCGUAUCUUCCAUACUGUAACGACAACCGACGACCCGAUUAUUCGAAAAUUGUCAAAAACUGAAGGCAACGUGUACAUUACCGAUACAAUUCUGGCGACUAUUAUGUGUUGCAUUCGGUCAAAUUACUCGUGGGAUGUUGUCAUCGAGAAACUUGGUGACAAGUUGUUCUUCGACAAACGUGACAAUACCGAAUUCGAUUUGCUUACUGUAAACGAAACCUCCGUGGAACCGCCACAGGAUGACGGUAUUUCGUUCAAUACUCCCAGAAAUCUAGCCCUGGAGGCAACAUUUAUCAAUCACAAUUUCAGUCAGCAAGUGUUACGUACCGGUCAAAAUGAGCCCCGCUACAAGUUUGAUAAUCCCAAUCCCUUCAUUUCCGAAGACGAAGAGGGAGAGGUCGCUAGCGUCGCCUACCGCUAUCGUAAGUGGGAUCUGGGUGGCGGAAUUGUUUUGGUGGCAAGAUGCGAGCACGACGCCGUCGUCCAAUCGCCCAGUGGCGAACUUCAAUAUUUGACAAUAAAGGCGUUGAACGAGUGGGACUCCAAGUCGGCGAACGGCGUCGAGUGGCGCCAAAAGUUGGACAACCAACGCGGCGCCGUCCUGGCGAACGAGCUUCGAAAUAACGCCUGCAAGUUGGCGAAAUGGACCGUCCAAGCCCUACUCGCGGGAAGCGACCAAAUUAAGUUCGGCUACGUGUCCCGCACGCACGUGCGCGACAACAGCAAGCACGUGAUCUUGGGCACGCAGCAGUACAAACCCCACGAGUUCGCCAGCCAGAUCAAUUUGAACAUGGACAACGCCUGGGGAAUUUUGCGCUGCAUCGUCGAUUUGGUUAUGAAGCAGAAAGAUGGCAAAUUUUUGAUUAUGAAAGAUCCGAAUAAGCCGAUGAUUAGGCUUUACGACAUACCCGACAAUACCUUCGAGUCCGAUGGCGACUCCGAGUCGGACGACGAAGUUGCUCCGGAUGCGUCGACGUUUCAAACACUUUACCCUUAUACAAACAGUGUGAAACGUGUUUAAGUAUUCAGUUUAUCGAAAAUUAUUAACUUGCUUUUAUAAAAACUAAUUAAAGGAGUCAUUUAAAUUUUUUUGUUAGGUGGAAUAAUAAAAACAUUUUUGUAUUC